AUGAACUCUUACAGCACAGUCGAGGAAGAAGAGCAGCGGUAUCCGUCCCAGCAGUCUCCAGCCGACCCUGAACGGCCAGGAAAUACAGGUCCCACAGGAAUUGACCACAUCCCCACAGAGGAGGAGAGGAGGGUGUUCAGGGAGUGCAACCAGGAAAGCUUCUGGUACAGAUCUCUUCCUAUAUCUGUCAUCAGCAUGGGCUUCACUCAGUUCCUUAUCUCUAGAGGUGCUCUUACAGCCUCCGGUAGAUUUGGAUCUUUGCCCAAAGUAGCUUGUGAGUUUACCCAUAAGCACCCGGAACCGAGUGAUCCAAACAAAGCCGACUUUGAGCCGGCCUUUCAACUUGAUGAUCAGAGGAAUCAGUCCUUCUCCUAUUCGAGUGAUUUCACUUACAUGUCCUCAGCAACUCACUCUGACACCCAAAUUACAGCAGAACCAAUUUACAUUGAGGAGGAUGUACAGAAGAAACACAUUCUGUACGAGGAGCUGCGGAGUAAGAACAGGGAAAACUAUGAAGUUACGACUCCGAAACCAGAGACACUGUUGAAGCCUUCGGCCGAGACCAACCCAGCCAAGAGAGGUUGA